AUGGAAAAUAUUUUGGAAAAAGCAAGUGUGAUAGAGUCUAUGUUUACUGCUUGGUGUGUUUCUAACGGCGAAUACGAGGAGGCAAGGUCACUAACAUAUGGUCAAUUUGUGUCUAAAUUUGUUUACAAGAAAAAGAGCAGAACAUGGAAACCGCGGAAAAAGGGCUUCACCAUUGGUCGCUUAAUUUGGGUUCCGCCAACCUUUGGAGAGUUGUUUUACUUGCGACUGAUGUUGACGGUGGUUAAGGGUCCCUUAACUUAUGAAGAAAUUCGCAAAUUUGGUGACACGCAAUUUGAUACUUUUAGGGAUGCCUGCUUUGCAAUGGGAUUCCUAGAAGAUGAUCGAGAAUACAUUGGGGCAAUACGCGAGGCGAGUGAAUGGGGUUCGGGUCAUUUCCUCCACAAGCUUUUUGUAGUAAUGCUUUUGUCCUCCGCUGUUAAUAGGCCUGCUCAUGUUUGGAACGAGACAUGGAGUCUACUAUCUGAUGGUCUGCUGCAUCAGCAAAGACAAUUAGCUCACAAUACAGGUGUUUCACUUCUCAACGAGUGGAACUGGAAUUUUAAUUAUGUGGAUACACCAAAUGAGCAAAGGUCAAUAUUUGAUAAAAUUAUGGCGUCUGUUCGCGCUCAAAAGGGUGUUGUGUACUUCCUACAUGGUUAUGGUGGGACCGGUAAAACUUACAUGUGGCGAACACUUGCAAGUGCAUUGAGGUCCAAACAUGAUAUAUGUCUUACCGUGGCAACUAGUGGAAUAGCUCCUUUAUUGUUGCCCGGUGGUAGAACUGCACAUUCUAAAUUCAAGAUACCUGUGCCAACAAUGGAGAAUUCAACAUGCAAGAUUGACUAUGACGAUGAUGUUGCAGAGCUUUUACGACAGACAAAGCUUAUUAUAUGGGAUGAAGCACCAAUGGCACACAAACAUGCUUUUGAAGCACUCGAUCGAACUUUGAAGGAUGUCAUGUCUACGUACAGUAACUCGAAGGAAAUCUUUGGUGGAAAGGUAGUUGUUUUUGGUGGUGAUUUUAAACAGAUUUUGCUCGUUGUUCCUAGAGGGAGCUGUUCUGAUAUCCUGAAAAAAAAGGAAAUUGCCGACUUCUCGAAGUGGCUGUUGCAAAUUGGUGAAGGCAAACUUUCUGAGCCAAAUGAUGGAUUUGCCGACAUUCAGUUGCCACCAGAAAUUUUGAUCACAAAUUACACAGACCCAAUUGUUGCCAUCAUUAAUAGUACUUAUACUGAUUUUAUCGAAAAUUACCAGUCUAACGACUACCUCAAAAGUAAGGCGAUACUUGCUUCUACAUUGGAAGUUGUUGAUCAAAUCAACAAUCACGUCCUUGAUCUGAUGCUAGGGGUGACCAAGGAUUACUACAGCUCAAAUACUGUCGAUAGGUCUGAAAUUCACGACACCAAUGUAAUCGAUAUACUCACACCCGAGUUUCUCAGUUCGCUAACUACUUCAGGUUUACCUAACCACCUCAUUAGGUUGAAGGCAGGAACACCUGUUAUGCUUAUGCGUAACAUAGAUCAGUCGGAGGGUCUGUGUAAUGGUACUAGGGUAAUGAUAACUAAGAUGGGAAACCAUGUCAUCGAGGCGAAAAUAAUGGCAGGAAAGUGUUGUGGAAACUUGGUCUACAUCCCUCGAAUGGAUAUGUCUCCCUUACAGUCUCUUUGGCCCUUCAAACUCAAACGGCGUCAAUUUCCAAUAAUUGUCUCAUAUGUGAUGACGAUCAAUAAAUGUCAAGGACAAUCUCUGGACACAGUAGGACUUUAUUUUCCAAGAGACAUAUUUACUCAUGGCCAAAUCUACGUGGCACUGUCAAGGGUAACAACGAAGCAAGGAAUCAAAAUUUUGGUAUAUGACGAAAUCGACAAGUUAAAGUCUACUGCUACAAAUGUUGUGUAUAAAGAGGUUUUCCACAAUAUAUAA